AUCAUUAGAUUUAACAUGUUUUCUGUUAGAUGUACAACGUUAGAAGCCAGGCAGAAUAUACCAGAAGGAGUUAUUAAAAAAGAACAGAAAACACAAGAACAAAAGAAGAAAGAAUUAGAAGAUGAAAUUCGGAGAAAGUCUGAAAAACUUGACAAACUACAGAAACAGAAAGUGAUCAAUUCUUCUCGUGAACUAAAGCAUUUAGAAAAAGACAUUGAAAGAGAACGUGAUUUAGAAAUAGAAAGAAAACGUAUUGAAAGAGAAAAAACAUUAGCUAGGGAACAAAAAGAAAGAGAGCGUUUAAAAGCAGAUAGAGAAAAACAAAAAUUAGAGGAAGAGAAAAAAAAAGAAAGAGAGAGACAGCGAGCAGAAAGAGAGAAAGAACGAGCUGAAAAAGAAAGAGAAAGAAUAAGAAAUACUAAAGCUAAAACUAGUGCUAAAAGUAAACCGGCUCCUAAACCAAUAGUCAAAGCUCCCCCACCAAAACCUACACGAUCAGCACAAGCACAAGGUGUUAAAGUCAUCUCUAGUGCUAAACUUAGUGCUAUGAAAAAUACACCUCCUACAAAGAAACCCGAAAUCAGAAAACCAACAUACUUAGAAUCUAGAAGUAAAACAUCGUCGGUGUCAUCUGCAACCAGUGAUUCAGAAGCAGACACACCAUUAAAGAGAAGCAAAAGGUCACAAGAUGCAGAAGAAGAAGUUCCAGUGAAAAAAGUUAAAAUCAGUUCAGUUGAUAGUGACUCUGAUUUAACAGAUAAUAAAGAACAGGUGGUAUCAGAGACUAAUGAAGCUGAUGCAGCUACAGAUAAUAAAAUGGAAGUAGAUAAUAAAGAUGGGGUUACUGUUAAAGAUGCUGAUAGUAAUGAUGAAGUAGGUACAAGAGUUGGUGCUUUAGUCAAUGGAAAAUGGUAUAUGGGAUGUGUUGUUAAAGUUGGUUCAGAAGGGAAAUGGAAAGUGAAAUUUGAAAAUCAUCCUAAAGAUAAAUAUGACAAAUGGUUCGAUAAGAAGAGUAAAGAGAUUAGAAUAGCUAAAAAUGGUCAGAAAUUAAUAGAAUCAUCUAGUGAACCCCCUCCCUCACCUAUACCAGAAUCUGAAACACAAGAUGGUGUGGUAGAAACUGAAGCUCCGACAUCAUCUACAACAACCCCUUCCUCUACACAAAAUACACAAGUUAAUGAUGAAAUAGCUAAUGGCUACAGAACAUGUCUACGUUAUUUCCUACCACCACAAUGGAUAAUGGAUAAAGAUGCUAUAUCUGCCAUGUCAUCACAAGAACUAUCUGUAUUUCCUCUAGAUGAUUUCUUUGAUCAUUAUGAACGAGGCUUAAGACGGCUUGUUAGUAAUUUCCAAACAGAGGCUGCAUCUCGUAAACAAGAAGCAGAUGACGCCAAAUCUAAACUGUCUUCUCUACGUAAACUUAUAGCUAAACUUCUUAAAUCUAUUAAUGAGGAGUUUGAUAUAGAUCCAGAAGCAGAUGGUGAACAAGUGGAUGAAUUAUUAGCUGUUUGUGUCCGUCAAGCUACCCAAUCAAAUACCACAUAAAACUCAUCAUAUUUUACCCUUCCUGCAUCAUCAUCAUCGUCAUCAUCAUCAUCAUGUUCAUUACAAUAAUCAUGUUUAAUGUACAUAGUGUAUAUAGUCAUCAUUUUAACGUCCUUGUUUUAAUAUGUAAAUAAUGUACUUAACUUGUUGUAUUAAUUCUGUUGUUGUGAUGUAGGUUCAGUCAUGUUUAUGUUCCUACAUUUAAAUUGUAUAUUAUUUUACCACCCAAACCAAACAAUGAUCAAAGCAGGGGUAUAUCAUAAUUCAGACUUUUUACUCAUUCAGAAUUUACUCAAAUUUAUAUUACCAUUGGGCAUAAAACAAACCAUUUUUCUAUGGAAUAUUUUGAGUUCAGAUUUCAAACAACUAGUAUAGUUAGCUCUCUGAACUUGUCUUAUCAGUGGAUGGCUAAACAUCUAUGUCUCAAACUGUAAAUGUUGUGUCUGCAGUCUGUCUUAUACAUAUAUCUGUUUGUUUAUGUUUUGUUUUCAGAAAUAACUGUAUUAAUUGUUUUUCGUUUGAAUCUUACUUAAAAAUGGCUGUAUGAUUUACUUGUAUUAAAGUAGCUAAGUCUCUAACUCUGUAUCAUCCAAAACCUUCGACAUUGAAAACACGAAUUAUUUGUCAAUUUUAAUCAACAUUGAUGUUGUGAUAUUACUGGGAAAAGAUGGGCUUCUGAUAUCCAAUAUUUAAGACAAAAUAAGCAUUUUAUGAUUUGAUAUCCAAAGCACUGAUGUCUCUUUUAAGUUCUGAAUAGUAUUACCAUGGUUCUUUAAGGUAUCCUUCCACAAAGGUUAUAUCACAGACCUAGGGACCUAGGAGAGCCGCCUCCUGUAUAUUAGUAUAUGAUUUUGCAAUCUGUCCAUUUGUGGCCCUGGCCGUAGGUUGGCUUAGUGGGGAGUACUUCCCUUUCUUAAUAAAAAAACAUAGAGGUUGGUAGUGAAUCAUUAAAGUUCUGAGUAAGUGAGAAACAAUAAAUUUUUGCUGAAUUUCUCUUCAUUAACAAUAGUGAUUUCAAUUUGAAUAAAAUCUUAGCGAGUAGAAAAGAUUUAUGAAGCCAAAACUUUAAUCAAACUGUUAAAUGUUUUUAUGUCAAAUAUACCUGUGUUAUUUGAAGUUUACGUUUUUUGUUUUUUUUUAAAAAUCAAAAGUUGUUCUAUGAUGAGAUUUUUGAAAGCACAAAUAUUGUUUAUAACCAAAAUAAAAGAUUUUAACAAGGAAAACAAAAAUAAUAAGUUUAAAUUUUAUGAUAUUCAUUUUAUUACAUUUUAAUUUGAUAAUGUAAUUGAUAUUGAUUAUUUAAAAAUAUUAACGGCUUAUUUAUCAAAGUUUCAAUUUAGGGUGAAAAGGUUUAUUUUUAUCUCAUGAAAUAAUAAUGAACACUAGUUGAUUAUGAUUAUAGAACAAGAAAACUCAUUUAUCAAGUUAAUAUGAUUAAAUUACAUCUGAUAACUGUUCAAGUAUAUGAAGUUCCUGCAGUUUUCAUAGUUCUGUAGUCUUGCCAUAUUGAUAUCCAAAUCACCAUCGUGAAGAAAUUGUAAUUUUGUUUUCUAUAUUGUUUGUUGUUACUAUAUAAAUAUAUAUACACAUAUAUAUAUAUAUAUAUAUAUAUAUAUAUACUGCCCACUAUCAUAAUUAUUGUCAUAUGUAAAUAUAAAUGUCGGCAUAUUACUACAUGAAAAUUCCCUGUGUUCAUUAAGGUUUUACAUAUUGUAUAUGUAACCAAAAUAGAAUAAAAGACAGUGC